AUGUGUGCUGCACUCCACCUUUCGGUGUUCGGAAGUAGUUGUUGGUCAGGGACUUCGGUGUACUAUUACGAGGUGAUCGAAUGCGGUCGCCGUAUUCUGCUGACCGGCCUAGUCGUGUUCAUGUACCCAAACACAGCCGCCCAGAUUGCGAUAACGCUCAUCAUGACCGUUGUGUUUGCGGUGCUCUCAGAAGCCUUGCACCCAAACGCGCAAGCGUGGGACACCUGGGUCAGUCGCGUGAGUCACGCCGUAGUUUUCAUGAGCGUGUACGUCGCGCUCCUGCUCAAGGUAGAUGUGUCCGACGAGAAGAGAAGUAGCCAAAAGGUCUUUGAGGCUGUUCUCGUUGCGGCGCACGCUUGCAUGGUUUUGGCGGUUGUUGUGGAGACGAUCGUGUUGGGGUGCCCGUCGAGGGUGAAGGAACAACACGAACCGGCGCCGAGGGUUGGCGACGACAGCGUGACGAUGACGUUUUCGUACACGAACGAGAUGAAGGUAGAUUGUGCGGGCAACUCGUGUUUAGAGGAGGACGACGACCACAUGAACGAGGCGGGACCGACACCCGUAGGAUGA